CAAAGGAAACAUUGUUAAUCAGUUAAGUGAGAAGCCGAUGUUGAAAACAUCGCAAAGUGCGCGAGCUAACGUGCUCGCUAUCAAUGUCAGAUUCUGUUAUUAAGUUAAUCGUGUGUUUCUUGGUGGUUUUUAUUGAUAUCUGAAGUUUAUUAGCUGUUAACAACAUCUCCAUUCAAGAUGAUGAAAUCAAAGUAUAUGGGCCUUGUGGCCGAUUUAAUGCCAAACAUCAGACUUAUGCAAAUAAGUGGACAUUUUAUGUUUAAUUAUUAUGGUGAAGGGAGAAAACUUAUGCACAAAAUCUACUGCAGUGUCCAUUUGUUCUUAAUUCUUCUUCAGUUUGCCCUUUGUGGACUUAAUUUAAUGUUUGAAGCUGAUGAUGUAGAUAUUUUAACAGCCAACACUAUUACCAUACUCUUCUUUGCGCAUCCUAUCAUCAAAAUUAUUUACUUUGGAUUCCGAAGUAAAUUGUUCUAUCGUACUUUGGCUAUUUGGAAUAAUCCCAACAGUCAUCCUCUUUUUGCUGAAAGCGAUGCUAGAUAUCAUUCUAUUGCUCUUACAAAGAUGAGAAGACUUUUGUUUUGUGUUGGCUUUGCGACCAUUCUGAGCGUUGUUUGUUGGACUGGAAUUACAUUCAUUGAAGAUCCACAUAGAACUAUGAUUGAUCCUGAAACCAAUGAAACCUAUGUUGUUGAGCUCCCAAGACUAAUGGUAAAAUCCUACUAUCCUUUCGAUGCUCGUCAUGGAGUAGCACACAUAGCCAUGCUAAUAUUCCAAUUCUACUGGCUUCUGAUAACAAUGGUCGAUUCAAACUCAUUGGACGUUCUAUUCUGUUCGUGGCUGCUAUUCGCUUGUGAACAACUUCAACAUCUCAAAGCCAUCAUGAAACCCUUAAUGGAGCUCAGUGCAACUCUUGACACAGUUGUUCCAAACAGCAGUGAAUUAUUCAAAGCUGGGAGUGCUGACCAUUUAAGAGACACAACUGGAAGCGUACCCUCAGCUACUCCAGCAAAUGGGGAAAGCAUGUUAGAUCUAGAUUUGCGAGGGAUUUAUAGUAAUCGUCAGGAUUUCGCAGCAACAUUCAGGCCUACAGCUGGUACCCAAUUCACUGGUGGAGUUGGACCCAAUGGACUUACUAAAAAGCAGGAAAUGUUGGUCAGAAGUGCUAUCAAAUAUUGGGUAGAACGACAUAAGCACGUUGUAAGGCUUGUAACAGCAAUUGGUGACGCUUAUGGUGUUGCUCUGUUGUUUCACAUGUUAAUUACUACAAUUACUCUCACUCUGCUAGCUUACCAGGCCACUAAGGUAAAUGGAAUCAAUGUCUAUGCUGCUACAACUAUUGGAUAUCUGUUGUAUGCUUUGGGUCAAGUGUUCCUUUUCUGUAUCUUUGGAAAUCGUCUUAUUGAGGAGAGUUCAUCUGUGAUGGAAGCUGCUUAUUCAUGUCAUUGGUAUGAUGGUUCUGAAGAAGCCAAAACCUUUGUUCAAAUAGUUUGUCAACAGUGUCAAAAAGCAAUGUCUAUAUCAGGUGCAAAGUUUUUUACGGUGUCGUUGGAUUUAUUUGCCUCGGUUCUCGGUGCCGUAGUAACUUAUUUCAUGGUCUUGGUUCAACUGAAAUAAAGCGCUUGUGCAUCAAGAAAAUUCAUCAUUUCGAACGAUCAAGACGAAAAAAUAUUUUCAAAAAAUUUAUACAAAUUUAUUCGUACAUUAUUUAGCGAAGAAAUUUUUAACGGGCGUGUGUUGUUUACUCUAAACUACAGUGUUAUAAAGAUAAUUUUAAAUUUAAAUGAACAUUAAGCACAGAUUUAAUUGUAUAAUGGAUGCACAUUUUAAACUGAGGGGAAAAAAUAACGCUAUACAUAAAUGUAAAACAUUCAUUUUUUUUUUAUAUUAAUUAUAUACUAGUUUUACUAAACAAUAUAAAAACAAAUCGCAAGUUUUAUCUUUCAAAUAAUUAUAUAAAUAAUAACUUUUUACAAUUAAUAAAAAAA